CCACAGAUUUUCUGCAUUGUGCCGAAAAGAUCCUCUAGAAUGCCUGAUCCAGCAAAGUCUGCCCCAGCGCCUAAGAAAGGCUCUAAGAAAGCGGUGACCAAGACCCAGAAGAAGGAUGGGAAGAAGCGUAGGAAGAGCAGGAAGGAGAGUUACGCCAUUUACGUCUACAAGGUGCUGAAGCAGGUGCACCCUGACACCGGCAUCUCCUCCAAGGCUAUGGGCAUCAUGAACUCCUUUGUCAAUGACAUCUUUGAGCGCAUUGCUGGGGAAGCUUCUCGCCUGGCUCAUUACAACAAGCGCUCCACCAUCACCUCCCGGGAGAUCCAGACCGCCGUACGCCUGCUGCUGCCGGGAGAGCUGGCCAAGCACGCCGUGUCCGAGGGCACCAAGGCUGUCACCAAGUACACCAGCGCCAAGUAAUCACCCCCUUCUCUAACCCACAUCAACACAAAGGCUCUUCUAAGAGACACCCACCUCCUCUAAUCGGGCUGUGACUAUCAUGGUUAUUAUAUGUGCUGCUUGCAAAUCUGUCUUAUGUAUUUCAGUUCCUGAUGUAGAUCGGUCAUAUAUAGUCAUCAUAUUACAGAUGUCAGCAUUAGUGCUUACAUAAAGCAAUCCAUAGAGCAAUGACUGCCCGUGUAGCUGCUGCAGAACUAGAGAAUUAUUGUAUCUUAUUCCAAUGUUACAAAGUAUCAGUAGAUUGUAGCAAUUGGUCCCGUUGUUCGUAUCACUUUGACUCUCCUAUAAACACAGUUGUUAAAAGGUU